GAAAUGACUCCAACAUUCGUUCAAGCUGGACAUAAUUUAAAAGCUAUCUGGAUGAAAGAAAUUGGUAAUAAGAGAGAGGAAAGAAUUAGGAUUACAACCAAACUUUCAGAUAUAACAUUGGAUGUUAUUAGCCUUAAAAUGCCAACACAUGCUAACAAUAAAUUUUAUGAUGCUGUUAACACUAUCAAUAAUAUUUCCGAGAAACUGCUUGAUGAUCAAAAAAAUAGUUCUGUUCAAGGAACAGAUUUAUUGUCAUUAUUGGUAAAAGCAAAUUAUAAAUUACCCGUUAAUAAACAAUUAACUCAUCGUGAAUUAGUUAGUUCGGUUAUGACAUUCCUUAUGGCUGGACACGAUACCGCCACUGUUGUAUUAUCUUGGGCAUUAUACUUACUAGCAAAAAAUCCUGAUAUUCAAGAUCGUCUUCGCAAAGAAAUGCUUGAUAUAUUCCCUGAUCGUGAUUAUCAUCCAACUUUUGAUCAAAUUGAACAAUUGAAAUUUUUAGAUU